CAUCCCUAGUCCAUUUGCUGGUUACAACCACCGCGGCUUCACCGAAUCUGGAGAUAUCACAGUCAGGGAGGGAGUGCCCCAACUGUUUAAAAAAAAUCCCUUUAGAACAACAAUAUUGUUGGGGUGGAUUGAGCAUCUUUUUUUAAUAGUGCCCCACCUCUGCUGUCUCUGCCUGGUCACUAGAGGCGGAUGUUUCCUGAUUUGUCUACAAGGCCGAGCCUGACAGUGGUUGGUUACAUUCAGUGGUUACUUUCCUGGUGAAUGUAUCCGCUGUUGCGGCGCGGCGACCGGAGGAGAUCGGGAUCGGGAUGGACGAGCCAGGAAAGCAGGACAAGGUCGACAUCUACCGGGACACCUGGGUCCGCUUUCUGGGAUAUGCUAAUGAAGUUGGUGAAGCAUUCCGGGCACUAGUACCUGUGGGAUUGGUCUGGGCCAGUUAUGGGAUAUCAACUGCAUAUGUGACAGCUGAUGCAGUCGACAAGGGGAAGAAGGCGGCUGCUGCUCAUGGAGACAAACCUGGAAAAUCUUUGACUGUCGGUGUAGCGGUGGUGGAUACUUUCAUAUGGCAGGCAUUGGCCUCAGUUAUAAUUCCAGGAUUCACCAUCAAUCGACUAUGUGCAGCUUCUCUUUUGCUACUGGGGAAAACUACCAGAUGGCCACUCCCUGUGAGAAAGUGGACAACAACUGCUAUUGGCUUGUCUGCCAUCCCAGUCAUUAUAACUCCUAUUGAUCGGUCUGUGGACUUUCUUUUGGAUUCUACGUUAAGAAAGUUGUAUGGAGAGGAAGAAAAGCACAAACCAUAACCAAAGGCAAUCAGAACUUUAGCCAGUUUAAUAUUCACAUACAGUAUAGCUUUAACUUAUCUUGCAAGGCAAUGAACUUUGUACUCCAACUCUGGAGACAAGUCUCCAUUUUUAAAACAGUGGGCAUAAGAUGAAAUUCUUCUUAUAAUGGGAAAAAAGUAGGUGCUUUUGUUUAUCUUGUUCGAAAGCUGCCAGGAAAAUGUAGCAACAUGCAAGCUUGAUAUCGGGGAAUAAUUUUGUUCGUGGAUUGAUAUUUACACAGAAAAUGAAGCAUUUUCCUGUUUAGGUGUCAAAUAGGCUAAGGCUGGGUUACCCGCUGAGAUUAUUGAAUUGUGCAUCAGCUUUCUUGAAUACUGUGGAGAAAAUAUACAUCAAUGAUAUUAUUGCACUGCAUCAUAAAAGUGAUUUGAACCUGUAGGCCGUUCAUUGCGCAUAAUCCAACACUUAUGCUAUCUAAGUCUGAGGAGAGAAACAGUUUAAGGAAACUGUUGCUCAGUCUCCUUGACCUUCACAUCACGUCCAAAUCCUAUGAAACAUUACACUUGCGUUGCCUGGAGAUAGGAAUUGGAUAGGUCUGAUCUGCAACAUCAACCUUUCUCUUUUGGAGAAACUAGAUAUAGAUGUGUGCUACAGCAUAAGUAAUGAAGCACAUAAAGUGAGUAUAAAGCAGCUGGAUGUAAAAUGUAGUUAGUUGUUCAAUGCAUUAGCAGCUAAUGAUUGAUUAAUCAAGAGGAGAAUGAACCAUAUCUGUGCUGUUUAAUUGAGAAAGUUAUUUUCUCACCAAGGACAUGUAGGUAGGUAUGCCAAUUUAUAUUAAUUCCUGUUCAAAUAUUUUGGAUUUUCUUCUUAUUCUAAAUUGAAUUGACCUAAUUUGCAAAACAGUUCUACCUCUACUAACCUGUCAGGAAAUUGUAUUGAGAUAGUAUAGCAUUUUUAUUUUACAUUUGCUUUUGAUGCUGCACCCAUCUUCUCAGCACAUACCAGCAAGAUUACAGUGUCAAAGGAAUAGGUUCUAAGUGGAAAAGAUCCUUCUCCCCUCACUUUUACAUAUUAAAUUUUUGGUCAUUUCCAAGACUGGAAGUUGGUCCCAAAGAAAGAACAGGUAACUUUCUCAAAGCUGCACAUAACGAAACGCAGAGCAAAUUUGCCCAGCUUAUAUUAUUAAUCUCUUGGCGCAAUGACCUAAAACAAGUUCAAUUAAGACAUACUAAGGAAACCAGUGAACUAGAAGAAAGAAACCACCUCUUGUAUUUCAGAUACAGUUCUAAGCCUUUGUCCUAAAUAAGUUAUUUCCCAGCAUUGUUAUUCCAUCUUUCUCAUGAAAAAGAUUCUCUCUGCUGCAGAUCAUGCCCCCUGUGUUAGAAUAAAAAUAUUGCAUGUUAGUUUAUUACACAGUGAGUACGUGUUACCUGUGGAAAAAAUGUCAGGGUAUUGGCUAAGACCUGAACUCAAAAUAAAUAGGUAUCCUAUCAGUGCUGAUCUCCUAUUGUCCAGAUGCAUCAACUAUAAACUAGAAUUAACUAUUUCUUCACAGCUGAAACAUUCAAUAGAUAUGUUGUAUAACUGCACCUAAAAUACAAAUACAGAAUCUUGCCCACA